AUGGCAAUCCCCAAUUUCACACUGCCUGGCGACUCACUCGCACCCACCUCAACACACACGCCCAGCACGGGCUCGCACGUCUUCAGCUCUACAAUCCACGCCAGUCUGGCAGGCCCCGUCACCAGCGCCGCACCCUCUAAANAGACGCCUUCGCCCACCAUCAGCGUAUCUUCGACAUCGACCUCGUACACUGCUGCCCUCCCCUCCGUCAACGAUAUCAUCCUCGGCCGUAUCACACGCACAAACCCCCGCCAAGCCACCCUCGACAUCCUCGCCCUGGGCCCCACCGGCACCCAAGUGCUCCGCGAACCCUUCUCGGCCAUCAUACGCCAACAAGACAUUCGCGCCACAGAAAUCGACAAGGUCAAGAUGAGCGAAAGUUUCAGGGUUGGCGAUAUCGUGAGGGGAGUGGUUAUUAGUUUGGGAGACGAGAGGAGUUAUUUUGCGAGCACGGCGAAGAAUGAGUUUGGAGUUGUGUUGGCGGUUAGCGAGNGGGGAGAGCAGAUGGUGCCGGUUAGUUGGAGGGAGAUGAGGGAGGUGAAUGGGNGAAAGACUGAGUUGAGGAAGGUUGCUAAGCCUGUUUGA